UCUUCCUCAUAUAAAACGCAUACCAUAUUUGCUUCUUUUUAUUUCUCCCACGACACAAUUUCUGAUCACCAUAACAUAUCUCUUUCUUUAUCUCUCCUCUCUGUUUGUACAUAUACACUAGAGAAAGCAGAGCAUCAAAGAUGGGCACCAACACAUUUGCAAGCAUGUUGAAUAGAAACACAAACAAAUUCACACUUAUUCUUGUCUAUGCACUUCUUGAAUGGACUUUAAUAGCUCUCCUCCUUCUCAAUUCUCUCCUUUCUUAUCUCAUUGUCAAAUUUGCUAUUUAUUUUGGUCUAAAACCACCUUGUUUUUGGUGCUCAAGAUUUGAUCAUUUUCUUCAACCUGAAAAAGGUAACAACUUUAACAGAGAUCUUUUGUGUGAAGCUCAUGCUAAUGAGGUUUCUGUAUUGGGUUACUGUAGAAAUCAUCAAAAGUUGGUGGCCUGUCAGAAUAUGUGUGAGGAUUGCUCAUCUUCAAGGCCAGUUUUUCAUGGGGUUUCCAAGAAUUUAAAUGUGUUUUCUUGGGUUGAAGAGAUUGAGAUGAUUCAUGAUGAUGCAGAAAAGGUGUUUGAUGAUGGGGUUUUGAGUUUCAAGUGCUCUUGCUGUGAUGUGAGUUUGGAAAAGCAGCUUAAUUCUCCUCAUAUUUUGGAUUUGGAGUGUACUAAAAAAGAGAAUUUGAUGCCUGAUGAAGAAGGAAAUGAUAGUGUUACCAAAAGAGAUGAUUUUUCGGAUGGGAGUGGAUCGGAUAUCUUGGUUGAUCAUUUUGAAGAUGAUCAAGGGGUUAAAGGCAAGAAUGAGGAGCAUAUGAUAUUUGCUUUUGAUGGAGGUUACAGUUUGAUUGAAGGAAAAGACGAUGACUCGGAUUCCUCUGUGUCUGUGUCCAAAUUUGGAUUAGAGGAACUGAAAGGAGGGGAUGAUGAUGAAGUUGAAAUGCUUUUGCAAGAAGAAAGUGAUUUUUUUGAGGAGCAAGAUUUAAGUAAGGUAAUGGAAGAUCUAAUUUCUGAUGAGAUUAUGAGCCAAGCUUGUCGCAAAGAAAAUGUGUCUAUGAAAAUUCACCCUGAGCAUCUGGAGUUUUUUAUAGACUUCAGCGGUCAUGAGUUGGUUCCGGUUGAAUUAAUAGAUUUGAACACCGAGGAAAAUGAAUUAAUUAAGGCCGUGGAAAAUCAGAAAUAUAGUGAGUUUCAUGAAGAAGAUGGUUCUAAAUGUGAAGUUGUGGCACGAGUUGAAGCAUCAGUGGCAGAGGAAACCAAGUUUGCCGUGUUUGAAUCCAUGGAAAUGAAAGAGACUGAGAAUUCUCUGGUUUUUUAUGCAAAAGAAAACUAUUCAGAAAAUCAAAAUGUUGAUAGAUCAGCUGUGAUGGAAGAGACUGGAAAUUCAAUGCUUUUUCAUGCUAAAUUAACUUCUCCAAAAUACGGAAGUGAUGAUAGAUUCAUGGACUUUGAAGAGACCGGGAAUUCUCUGGUGUUUCAUGCUGAAAAAAGUUAUUCAGAUGAUAAUAUUACUCUAGCAACCCGAAACUCAUUUCAGGAUAUCAUUAAUCUUCAAGGCAUUUUAACAAUUGAGGGGCUAGAUUUGGAGUCCAGUUAUACUCCCACAGAUUGCGAGAAAGGGUCUCAUGUGCAGAGCAAAGAAAGUGAGCUCGAUAAUUUUGUUGGGGCAGAAAUUUCAGCCCCAGAUGCUGAAGACAUAGUGUCAUAUGUUCAAACAGUUACCGAAGAAGAAUCUCAUAUUAUAGUCAAUGAGACUGAAGUAGAAGUCUCCAUAGGGACAGAGAUUCCAGAUCUGGAGUCAGCAGAUGAGACUCAAGCUCAAGAUACCAUAUGUUUUACUGAAGAACCUUCUAAAAGGUCUGCUAAUUUUCAUGGAACUGAACAUGAACAUGGCAUGGAGAUCAAACUGCAACAGGAAGAAACACUUAGAUUGGGGAAUCUAGCUAUCGAAAUAAGUGAAAACAUGACAGCUAAUCAACUCUCUGUAAGCACAGAGAGCAAUGGGACAGAUGAAGAGAAAAUUUGUGAUACACCAACUUCAUUGGACAGUUUUCAUCAUUUACACAAGAAGUUGCUACUACAUGAUGGAAAGGAAUCCGGAACUGAAGAAUCAUUAGAUGGAAGUGCCACUGAUUUUGAAAGUGGUGAUGGUGUAAUGACUGUCGAGUGUUUAACUUCAGCACUAAGGGCUGAAAAGAAGGCUUUACAUGUGGUAUAUGCAGAACUGGAAGAGGAGAGAAGUGCUUCUGCAGUAGCUGCAAACCAGACAAUGGCAAUGAUAAACAGACUUCAAGAGGAGAAGGCAGCUAUGCAAAUGGAGGCCUUACAAUAUCAAAGAAUGAUGGAAGAGCAAUCAGAGUAUGAUCAAGAAGCACUGCAACUCUUGAAUGAGCUUAUGUUAAAGAGGGAAAGAGAAAAACAACAACUAGAAAGAGAGUUGGAUCUGUACCAGAAGAAGGUAAUGGAUUAUGAGGCCAAAGAGAAGAUGAGAAUGUUGAAAAGAAGUAAGGAUGGCAGUGCAAGAAGUGGAUUUUCCUCCACUUCUUUUAGCAAUGGGGAGGAUAGUGAUGGUAUAUCUAUGGAUUUGAAUCAUGAAGUCAAGGAAGAAGAUGGAUUUUAUAGUCAUCAAGUCAGCGAAAAUCACAAUACACCUAUUGAUGCAGUUCAACAUUUGGGGGAUUCCUUUGGUGAAUUUGAGGAAGAGAGGAUGUUGAUUUUGGAGCAACUAAAGGUUUUAGAAGAUAAGCUUUUUACCUUAAGUGAAGAUGAGCAUCGGUACGAAGAUGUAAGGCCAAUUAAAGAUUUUGUGCACAUCAGUGGUAAUCAUUUGGAUGAGAAUUCUGAUUCCAGUGGUGAAGAAUUGAAUGGAUUGGCAAAUGGUUGUUCAAAACCAACAAACGGAAUACAUCAUCAAGAGGGAAGAUUUAUGGGUGCAAAUGCUAAAAGACUUCUUCCUCUUUUCGAUGCAAUUGCUGCAGAAAAUGCAAAUGGGGAACUGAGUGGUGAUGAAAAUGUAUUUGAAUCGGUUGUCACAAGAUUCGAAUUAGAAGAGAGGAGGGUUGCCAUUGAAGAGGAAGUGGAUCAACUUUAUGCCAGGAUGCAUGCUCUUGAGACAGAUAAAGAGUUCCUAAAGCAUUGCCUCAGCUCUUUGAAGAAAGGUGACAAGGGUAUGGACCUGCUUCAGGAAAUUUUACAACACCUGCGCGAUUUGAGGAACAUGGAGCUACGCGUUAAGGAUCUCUCUGAUGGCACUCUAGUAUGACAUUCUUCAUGAACUCUUAUGUCCCAGAAGACACUUGAGUUCAUUCUCAAAGUAAAAUGUAAGAAAAGGUCCGGAAGCCCAACAUAUUAGUUGAGAAUUCUUCCAAAAUGGAUCGGAACCUUCCAAAAUGGAGAUGGGAUCUCUUCCAUUGUCUUGUACACUGUUGACAAGAAAACCAAGCAUCUAUGCUUUGGUUUCAUGUUACUUGUUUGUUCUUUAGUAACCAAAAUUUUGUGGAUUGUUCUGUUCAUCUCUCCUUUUGAGGAAAAGGAUGGUGAUGAUUGUAUGUGUGUGUAGGCUAGUGAUAAUGAAGCUCCACUCUGUCAUUUUGUACAUGUUUUGAGACUUGAGAGAAGAAUCCUGGCUAGUGAUAAUGCUGGUGGAUACAGCAAAGGUUCCUCCAGUGCCAGGUAACAUAGUGUUAGUUACUUUUAAUUAUUAUUAUUAUUAUUAUUGCUAAAAUAUUUAAUAAGAUUAGUUGUUA